GCGUAUCGUGCAUAUCAGCGUUACUUUCACACUCUGCUCACUAUGUGUGGCUGUUGGUACAUGCCCACAAAAUCCGGCAGGUGCAUGAACUUCUUGGCAGCUGGUGUGCUCUUGGUGGUAAUCUCUUACGCAAUUGUGAACUUGCAUAUGUGCUAUAUCCACAGACAUAAUUUGGUAAUUAUGAUGAAAUGUGUCGGCGUUGCAAUAUCUUCAUUUAGCGCCAUUCUCAAGAUUUCAACUUUCCUGCACAAUCGGGGGUCUCUGAUAAAUUAUCACCAGACGCUAAAUGAUCUUUUCGAGGAGGAACUUCUACGGGAUAAAAAAAUCCGGACGAUAAUGUUUUCAUCCCUGCCCACAAUAUACACCCUGACAUACACAUAUGCUGCAAUUUUGCUAACAUUGACGUUGGCGUUUUUUGCGCCUCCUUAUUUAUCCAUAAUCCGCGGUCUCUGUCAUUUCCAUUCAACUACAAAUUACAGCCUACCAAUCACUAGGGGAUACGGAUACUUUUGGACCGUUCCUCGCAACUAUCUGUAUCAUUUUCAUCUGCUCUUCGAGACGGGCGGAGUAUGGAUCAGCGGCGUCACGGCAUGCGGCAUGGAUAACGCCUUUGGCUUUUAUAUCUAUCAAUUUGCCUCAGUAAUGCACGCCAUGACCUUUAGGCUCACGAAUCCUUUGCCCACCGAGAGCUUCUCAGACGUCCUAAAGUCAUGCGUGGCAAAGCAUCAGAAACUAAUGCCAUGCCGCAAUACGUUGGAGCACAUCUACGGACCCAUUGCCUUUUGGCACAUUGUCACCAACGCCGUACUCCUUUGCGCAUUGAUAUACGAGGCGAUGUCAGUCUCGGACUCUAAUACUUUCAACAUAGGCGUAUCUGUGACUUACGCUACAACCAAAUUUCUCCAAACAUUUACGUAUGCAUGGUAUGGCACACUCCUCACAAAUGCGAGCGAGGACUUUCGUAAAGGAAUAUAUUUUGGCGAAUGGCCUAAUUCUAAUCUGGAUCAUCACGUGAGAACGAACGUCAUUCUAAUGAUGAUUCAAAAACCAAUGACGAUAAACGCAGUUUUCUCUCUCGUUGACAUGAACAUGUUCACCAAUUUCGUUAAUACUACAGUGUCCUAUUUCUUCCUGUUGCAAUCUAUCAGUGAUAAAGGCGAAUAAUGAUGGCUGUUACGUAUGUUGUAUGUUUUGUAUGGCAAACUUGUAAAAUUAUUACGAAAGUACAAUCAAUUUAUUGCUAUCAGUAUUAACAGCUCUUAUUAUUACACUAUUAAUCCGCAAUUUAUAUUGAAAC